AUGUCCUGGCUACUUAAGCGUCCACGCGUCGAACCAAAGACGUCAUCUGAGAAUCGCCAGUCGGUGACGUCAUCCAACACGUCCUUGACCCCUUCUCAGCUUGACCUUGCCAUACGUGACCUUCUCAAGCUUCACCCGCAAAGGAACAGAUGUGAAGAGUUUUGUAGAGGCAACCCGAUAACCUCCUCCGGGAAAAGAAAACAGCUGGUCAAGAUGGUGUCCAUAGUGAUGAUCCCCGUGGCUGUGCUGACCGGCCUGACUGCCAACACCUUCUUCGCCACCUUCACCAACUACGCCCAGUCGUCUGACAUCCGGGCAACUCUUCUCUACAGCGUAGAGCUUGGCAGCGUCAUACAUUACCUCCAGGAAGAACGAGAUAUGAGCGCCCUCUAUCUGAGUUCCAUCGAGGAGAAGACGAAGAGUUUGCUGCUGCAACGGUAUCCGGAGACUGACCGGUCGUUGGAGACGCUGACCUUCUGGACAACCGGACCCACGCUCACCAGGACGGAGUUCCAGUCCAAGGACAAGUUUCUCUCCUACCUGAACAGACAUCGCUAUGAGCUGGACACGCUGAACCAAACCGUUACCAUGGAGCUGCAGAUGUACACCACCCUCAUCCGUGUGUUCAUCACGUGGUUGUACGAUGCCGUCACGGAGGACCAGUCUGGAUCCAUCUGGAGGAGUCUUGUGGCCUACCAGGAAGUUAUCAUAGCGAAGGAAUACAUGGGACUUGAGCGGGCUCUGGGAACUAUUUUCUACGCAACGGGAACCUUCCCUUCCCAGGAUGUGUAUCUCUGGUUUUCUGAGAGCCAGGAUGUAACGAAUGCCACUUUCCUGUCAGCUAGACGAUACUCGGAUUUGGUUCAUGCUCUAUAUGAUGAAAACGUGAACGGAAACAAAAUGUUAUUGGGAGUUUUGGGACGGAUGAGAGCAGAAAUCAGACGUAACGACCUUGAAGGAAGAGGUUCUGUCAAGAUGGCGCAAUGGUGGUUCAACAACAUGACGAUCUACAUGGAUCUGCUGCUGGAGACACAGCAGGAACUGGCUGUAGAGAUCACACAGAUGCUGGACGAGAGGCAGGCGACCAAUCUGCAGAAGAUGGUGGCCAUCUCCAUCGUCUUUGUCUGCGUCUUCGUUGUCUCAGCUAUCAUCAUCUACGCUGUGUACUCCCUCACCGACGAAAUCCAGAAAUACUCCAUAACUCUUGCUGAGAGAACCAAAGCUUUGAAUAAGGAGAAGAAAAGGACGGACACGUUGUUGUGCCAGAUGCUGCCCAAGUCGGUGGCGGAGUUGCUGAAAAGCAACGAGGAGGUCAGCGCCGAGAACUACACCGAGGCAACCAUCUUCUUCUCCGACAUCCAAGGCUUCACGCAGAUCUCCGCCCGCAGCUCCCCUGUACAGGUGGUGCAGAUGCUCAACGGCCUCUACUCCUGCUUCGACGACAGGAUCGCUCAGUACGACGUCUACAAGGUGGAGACCAUUGGGGACGCCUACAUGGUGGUGUCAGGUAUACCGAAGCUAAACGAACAGCGCCACGCUGUUGAAAUAGGCACCAUGACACUUGAUCUCCUUGGCAGCAUCAACCGCCUGGAGAUACCCCACCUUCCUGGAACCAAGUUCAAGCUCAGAAUUGGCUGUCAUACAGGUUCUGUGGUAGCUGGAGUCGUGGGGACGAAGAUGCCUCGGUAUUGUCUCUUUGGGGAAACGGUUAGCAUUGCAGCAAAAAUGGAAUCCUUGGGCAAACGUAAUCGCAUCCAUCUCAGCCAGACAACCUAUGACGCUCUUUUGGGAAGAGAAGGCUUCCGACUUGAAGAACGCGAAGACGACAUGGCGAGGGUUGGUCUUCGAGAUCGUGAGCUGCAGAUGUUCUUCAAAGGCUAUGUUCACACCUACUGGCUUCUGGGAAAGGAAGGGAUGCCAAUGCGCUCCCCCAAUUCCCACGGGAAGACAUCUACAUCAGAGUCAAGUGCGAGCGAAGAACGGAUGCACCACGAUGGUAAAGAACAUGUGUGGGAACAACAUUGA